GAGAGGAGCACACAGACUCAGUGUGGACGUCAGUGGUGUGGGAUAAAAAAUAAUAACAACGUCUUGGAUGGAAGAGGAAAGAGGAGACCAUGCAGUGAAUUCAACCGCUCACAAGUGCAGGACACUGGGGCACCUGAGAAGAUUGUGAUCAUGAGUGGCCUGUGGUUGUGUUUGUGUUUGAGCGUGCUGGGGAUUCUCGCCGCUCCGUGUUGGAGCAUCAAACAGUGUCUGAGAGGCACGACGAUCAACGUGAUCCUGCUGGAGGACGAGGAAUUUCCCUGGAGCCUGAAGUUUGUGCGAGGGGAAAUACUGAAGGCCAUGAAGACGGACGCAGACAUCAAUGUUGCACAAGGCGUGAACUUUAACCUCACGGCCAUCUUUGGCGGCUACAACACCACCUUUUAUAAACUGCCUGGCUGCCAGAGCAGCACAUGUGAGGGAGUUGCAGAACUACAAUUCCUGAUCAACUCUGGAGACCUGGGAUGUGCUGUGCUCGGGCCGACCUGCAACUAUGCGAGCUACCAAAUGGUUGAUUCGGAAAAGGGUCUGAACCUCCGGACGCCCUUCAUCUCUGCCGGGGCCUUCGGUCUCAGCUGCGACUACAUGCGCAACCUGCAGCGCCUCCUGCCACCGGCGCGCAAGAUCUCGAGCUUCAUCAUUCACUUCUGGAGAGAGAAGAACCUAAUCAAGCCCAUGUGGGAGACGGCCUACCUUUACAAGAACUAUGUUAACACUGAGGACUGUUUCUGGUAUAUAAACGCACUGGACGCGGGUUUAGGCGAAUUUUCCCUGGAAAUCUCAAGAGUAGUGCUGCGCAGACCCGUCGACCUGAGGAAUGUUCUGCAAUCGCCCAACAGGUCAAGCAAUUUGUUCAUCAUGUGUGGAUCUCCCAAGGACGUGCUGGAGGUGAAACACAACAUACCAGAGGCUGACAACAGUGAAAUCCUCUUCAUCCUUAUUGAUCUUUACAAUGACGAAUACUACGUCAACAAAACGUCACUGCCCGCCAUGAAAAACGUGCUGGUGCUGACGAUGCCAAACACCAGAAAUUACAUCAUCAACGCCGACCUCAAAGGCAACAACCCGAUGAACGACUACAUGUCUGCGUAUCACGACGCCGUGCUGCUGAUCGGACAGGUGAUGAGGGACAUCGUCAGCAAGCCGCCUUCGGAGAUUCAGCAGAUGGAUUUCGUCAAUGUGAACUACUUCAGGAACAUAAGCUUUAAUGGCACUGGCGGGCUCUACAGACUGGACGAAUAUGGAGACAGAGAUGUGGAUCUAACCAUCAUUUACACUUCCACUGAGAACAAGUAUCGUAUUUUAUUCACAUUCGACACGGCGCAAAACACAACCGAUGUGGUCGAGAUGAAUCCUUCCUUCAUCUGGGGACAAAGACUUCCGCACUUCAAACCAGAUGUUGAAGGUAUAGUGAUGCUUGACGUUGCUGUCAUCGUGUUGGCAGUGACGGUGGUGGUCGUGGCCACCAUCGCCUUCAUUUUCUACAGAAAGAACAGGACAGAGCGUCAACUCAGAAAACGCUGGUCACACAUUUCCUCUGAUCUCAUCACGCUGCUGGAAAAGGACAAACUCAAUGUCGUCUCUUUGAAGAUUGAAGUUGAGGCGAAGAAGAAGAAUUUCCAGAUCCGCCGAGCGCUCUAUGAUAAGAAGAUUGUAAUUCUGAAGGAGCUGCAGCACUCGGACGGGAUCUUCAAUGCGACUCGGAGGAUAGAACUUAAUGCGCUCCUGCACAUUGACUAUUACAGCCUGACAAAGUUUUAUGGGACAGUGAAGUUGGACGAGGGAGUGUUUGGAGUGUUCGAGUAUGGAGAACGGGGGUCACUCAAGUACGUGCUGAAUGACAAGAUUUCCUACCCAGAGGAGACCUUCAUGGACUGGGAGUUCAAGAUCUCCGUCAUGUACGACAUCGCCAAGGGCAUGUCCUACCUCCACACCAGUGACAUCCAGGUGCACGGUCGCCUCAAGUCCACCAACUGUGUGGUGGACAAUCGCAUGGUGGUGAAGAUCACAGACUUUGGCUGCAACAGCUUCUUAACCCCUGGAAAUGAUUUGUGGACAGCCCCGGAGCAUCUGAGGAAACACGGCACGUCUCAGAAGGGGGACGUCUACAGCUUUGCCAUCAUCUCUCAGGAGAUUGUGCUCCGAAAGUGCACCUUCUACACCGAGUGCUGCUCUGACCGAUCAGAAAAGUUGGCCAGAGUCAUAAUGUCUUACUUUAGACCAGAUCUUCAUUUGGAGACAACGUCAGAGACAGAAGCAGAGGUUUAUAUGUUGAUAAGAAGCUGUUGGGAUGAGGAUCCAGAGAAAAGGCCGGACUUCAAGAAGGUUGAGAACUGUCUGGGGAAGAUCAUCAGUAAAAUCCAUAACCAGGAAAACGAGAGCUACAUGGAUAAUAUGAUACGACGACUGCAGAUGUACUCCAGAAACCUGGAGCACCUGGUGGAGGAGAGAACGGCGCUCUACAAGGCCGAGCGGGACAGAGCCGACUGCCUCAACUUCAUGCUGCUGCCUGGUCCGGCGGUGAAGAGCCUGAAGGAGACCGGUGUGGUGGAGCCGGAGCUGUACGACGAGGUGACCAUAUAUUUCAGCGACAUCGUCGGUUUCACCACCCUGUGCCAGUACAGCACGCCGAUGGAGGUGGUGGACAUGCUCAACGACAUCUACAAGAACUUCGACAGCAUCGUCGACCACCACGACGUUUACAAGGUGGAGACGAUAGGCGACGCCUACAUGGUCGCGUCUGGGCUGCCAAAGAGAAACGGCAACAGACACGCAGUGGACAUCUGCUGCAUGGCCCUGGACAUUUUAGCUUUCAUGGGCACGUUCCAGCUCCGACACCUGCCCGGAAUCCCCGUGUGGAUACGCAUUGGCAUACACUCAGGUCCGUGUGCAGCAGGCGUUGUUGGGGUAAAAAUGCCCAGAUAUUGUUUGUUUGGAGACACGGUCAACACGGCGUCUCGUAUGGAGUCCACAGGACAUCCCCUGAGGAUCCACGUCAGUCAGCCGACGAUAAACAUCCUGCAGAGGACAGACUGUAGGUUUGAGUACGAGUUCAGAGGAGAAACUUACCUGAAGGGCAAAGGCACAGAGGCGACGUACUGGUUAACAGGUGAAACUGGAGAAGACUACGACCUCCCGACUCCGCCCACAGCGGAGAACUUCCAGCGGCUGCAGCAGGACCUGGCCAACAUGAUCCUCAAGUGUCUGGAGCAGCGUUCCCGACACUCCGUCCGCAGGAAGAAGCCCCCGCUGUGUCCGAGUCAGAGCGACGGCGACAACAAGGAGCUCGAAUCAGAGUGUGAGAACCAGCAGCCCGAGUACCUGCAUCUGGCUACUGUCAACAACACACUCAGUACUUUCCUGUAGGAGAGAGCUGACGCUGUUCAGCGGGAGUGUGAGGGGGCAACCAGCAGGGGGAGGCAGAGAGAAGGGACGACUGUGAACAUGUUUACAAGGUGAAAAGAUGUCAAAUGUGUGUGUGUGUGUAUAUACAAAAUUAAGCACAGAACUAAUACCUGGUGUUGAAUUUAAUGUUAAUAAUGAAAUCUUCUUAAUGCUGGUAUGGGCAUGUGAGCGUCUUUUUCAAAAAAAGUAGCUAAGGUUAUUACUUGCAGUAAAGACCUUGACUUUAGGUAGUUUUAUACUUUUGUGAAUGAAUAAAUGAAUGAUGGAAUUAAUGAAGAAUUCACAGGAAAUGAUGUUUUACUGACAAAAAAAACCUUUUAAAAGUCAUUUGCUUCUAUGCACUCGACCCUUCCCUGCAAGAAAUUAGAAUUGUCAGUUUAACUUGAUAUUUUUCUCUUUAUUUUAUUUAUUCUUAAUAUGAUAAAAUGUUAGAGAAAAUAGAACAGCAAAUUUACUUAAAAUAAACACUUUUCUGAUCUUAA